AUGUCCACUACCCGAUACACAGACAAAAACCCUAUCAACGUUGCUGGUGGCUUGAAAGCAGCCAUUCACAACCCAAAUGUCUCUGAGGAGGCUAAAGAACGCGCUGCGGAACGUCUCCACGAGAUGGGCGCCGACAAUCAGAAUCAAAGUACCCCGCAAAAUCUGACAGGAUAUAGUGACAGCGAAUCCAUUACGCAACAAGACAUUGCUUACGCCCGCGAAAUAUUGGAGGCGGUAGGGUACAGCAUCGAAAAACCUGCUGAGAGUACGCAUGAUGAGCAUCAGACUCGCGUUCUUGCUGGUUACAAGGCUGCAUUGAGCAAUCCUCAUGUUUCCAAGGAAGCCAAAGCGCAUGCCCAAGCGUACUUGAACAAGCACGGAGCUGCCUGA